ACAAAGAAGAAUUUCCGGUUUAGUGCCUGCUUUAUGCAAAAAAAAGAGGCAGCCGAUUUUUGCCACUGGGGACUGAGUUCAGCAUGCUGGUCUGAGGGUCAACAGGCUUAGCCAUGACGUGCUCCAUUCAGGGCAGAGGAAUUGCUUACCAUGGGGAAGAGCCUUUCUGCGAGAACAUGAUGAAGAUAAACUAAACACACCUUCCUGGAGCCAUGGAGAACGGGACAACCACAGAGGCUCCAAGCAGCGUCAGUAACAGCACAGCAACCCCUAUUUCAACCACAGCCCAGCCAAAUUUCAUUGAAAGUCUUCUUAACAAAAUUCCGUUGCCAAGAUGGGCUCUUAUCGCUAUUGUUGUCGCAGUUGGCCUAGUUCUUCUACUCUUACUCGUCUGCAUCAUCAGAUGCUGUUGCUGCAGGAAGAAACGCAAGAAGAAGGAAAAAGUCAACUUGAGGAGCCUCAACGGCACUUCCACCACCACCAGUUUGGUCCAGCCUGAUACAGAAGACAUUGAGUGUGGACUGGCGGAUGAGAAACGAGGGCGUCUGCAAUACUCCCUGGAAUAUGACUUCCGUAAUCAAGAGAUGAAGGUUGCUGUGAAGCAAGCAGCUGACCUGAAGGCCAUGGACAGUGGAGGCACUUCUGAUCCCUAUGUGAUUGUCUACCUUACAUCUGAUAUAAGGAAGAAGUAUGAAACAAAAGUUCACCGCAAGACACUCAGCCCUGUUUUCAAUGAGUCCUUUGUUUUCCAGAUACCCCAGGCAGACGUCACCGAGACCAUGCUUGUGAUGCAGGUAUAUGAUUUCAACCGCUUUUCCAAACAUGACAUCAUUGGAGAGAUGCGGCUGCCUCUUGGGGAUGUUGACUUGCAUCAUGUCAUGGAACAAUGGCACGAACUCAGUGCAGCAAGCAAGAUUGAGCAAGAACGCCUUGGAGAGAUUUGCUUUUCACUCCGAUAUGUACCCAGCACCAGCAAAUUAACAGUAGUCAUUAUAGAAGCCAAGAAGCUCAAGCGGAUGAAUUCACAGGGACUAUCAGAUCCUUAUGUCAAAGUGCAACUGAUUCUGAACAAAAAGAAAUGGAAGAGAAAGAAGACGAGUGUAAAGAAAAAUACAUUAAGUCCCUACUUCAAUGAAGCAUUUGUUUUUGAAGUGCCCUUCAGCUUGAUCCAGAAUGUAGACCUGGUGAUUUCCAUUUGGCACCAUGACAAAGUGACCAAAGAUGAACAGAUUGGGAAGCUGUUCCUCAGCUGCCGAGCUACAGGCAACCAGCUACGUCAUUGGUCUGACAUGUUGGCCAAUCCCCGUAGGCCUAUGGCACAGUGGCACAGCCUACAGCCUGCGGAAGAGAUGGAUAAAACUCUGGGCCUGAAGACACGGUUCAAACUGCCAUUACCCAACAGCUAAAAACCCUUGGAGAGGUGCCUCCUAGUCCUCCCCAUUUAGAAGGGAACUCUUUUCUGCUCUUGAAUGGAAGGUCAAGUUCAAAAUGAGAACUGUUGAUAAUUCAAGUUGCUAUGCAAUGUGAGGAUCAAUUAGAGAUGGGGCAAGAAGUAAUCCAAGCAAAAGAAUUAAAUAUCUCACUGAGUCUCAGAGGCCUUAAAGAAUAGUUACCUCAGGAAUUCAAAUGGUCCAGGAUUAUAUGUGUCUGCAAUCUGCCAUUAUGGAAUGAACUUGUCACACCAUCUUAAGCAACAGAAGUGCACAAAAUCAGAGUCAAGAUGUUCUGCAAGAUUGCAUCUGAAUGGUUAAUAUGAUUUAGGGAAGGCAACAAAUGAUCCUCAGCAGAGCAACUUUCCCACCCAACCCAGACAGAAGAGAAGCAUCUGGAAAUAAACAUAAUGACAGCCGUGCUCAAUGUCUUCUGUUAAUAUUUUAAAUGAAUUAUCUUUGGGCUAAAAAGGCAAUACAGUAAUUAAGAACAAUGUGCUAGUAAGAUUUUUAAAAGUACAACCAUUUUUCAACAUUACUUCUACCAAUUUUGAGUUGAUUUCAGACAUUUUUCAGAUGGGACAAACAUAGUAAAGAAUGUCUAUGAGAAACAUAAAUAACAUUGUUAAUCCGUUGUUCUCCAGCGAUCAAAAGGAAAUAGUGCCUCCAAAUUUUACAGGAAAGCUUGCACCUCUUAGUCCAGUGAAGGUGCUUCUCGAUGGAACAUUUUUGGGGUGUAUCCAUAAAUGAUGUAGGAUCUGGGCCAGUUCUACAUAUAUAGGUUCUAGUUUAACCAGAAGACCAUAAACACAGAGGCAGGGCCACAGCAAUGAACUAGGAGGAUCCCUUCUGCAAAAUUGAAUGUAA